UCCCGUCUUGUUGUUCCUAGGGCUUUUCAUCUCCAAAAGAGGGCAUCUCUCUCUCUAACCUCUUCCCUGUAGUAGUAUAUACCAUGUAGGAUAGAAGAAUCAGAAUAAUUCUCCAGCAUCUACUUAAUAUCAUUAUACAUCUGUAUAUAUACAAUUUCUUCAUUUUUUUUCAGGCAGCAUAGAAAUUAAGCUAGAUCACUAGAACAACUAUUCAUCAAUUCUAAUCACCAUGACUUCGGUCAUCAACAUGGACGGUCAUGAUCAGCUACUCACCGAUGAUCUUACCGAUUUAUCCACCCUGCAACAUCAUCACGAUCAGGGGGAAAUGCAGAGCAAAGAGGAAAAUGUUGAAAAGAAAUGUGGGAAUCAUGAUGGGGUUUGUGCAAUAUGCUUGGAUGAGAUUGUGCUUCAAGACACCGCUCUGAUAAAAGGUUGCGAGCAUGCCUACUGCGCAACCUGUAUUCUUCGUUGGGUGACAUACAGCCAAAAGCCCACCUGCCCUCAGUGUAAACAUCCAUUUGAAUUCCUGAACGUCCAUCGUUCCCUUGAUGGCAGCAUACAAGAUUACAUGUUCGAGGAGAGUGUGUGCCUACUCCUUAGAGCCAAAUGGUUUGAGCCGUUAGUUGUGGAGGAGCGUGAAGAUGUGUAUGAUGGCCAUGAGGAUUAUUAUUACUAUCCCUAUGAUGAUGAAGAGGAUGAUGAUCUAGAUGACGCUUACUUCAGCAGUUCAUCGGUUAUCCGGAUUGGUAAUCGAAGAUGGGGAGAUAAUGGAUACGUGAGGGGUGGGCGUCAAGAAGCAAGGCCUGUACGUAGAUCAAACAUACAGGACCCGGGUGCUAGUUCGUCUUGUGAGCCUAGGAAGAAAGAGGCUGCAGUGGAUAAAACCGGGAGACGGGCAAAGCGGGCGCUCAAACGGGAAGCGGCUGACAAGGCAGCCGCAGAGAAACAUCAGCAGCAUUUGGCGAGGUUGGGUCGGAAGUAAUUCAGUCUAAUGCAAUUGCACUAUAUGGCAGAUUAUUAACUACCCCUUCGCCAUCUCAAUGUACAGUAUUCCCCUGACCUUUUUCUUUUGGGUUAAGACUGUAUUUUCGGUCUACCAUGUUAAAUAAUGUACCAUCAAAGGUAAUAAAAUAGGGAAGAAUAAAAAA